CCAGCACCCCGUUUGUGAUGGACUGCUGCGCUCUGAAUCAAUGAGAACUGAAGCCAUCGGUGCCUUUUCACGACCCACUCCGUGACACCGGCUCUCACGCACGGCACUGGUGACGUCACCUCUACCUGGCCACCAUAUAUAUAGAGAGAGAGCAGAAGCAAGAUUGUCACGCACUCACCUCCCCCACUGCUGCGCGUGAAGCAAGGUGCGCGUGACAUCGAACGAGCCACGAUGCGUCUACUCGGAGCAAACUUGACGCUCCCUCUCUUCGUCUUCCUCCUCGCCAUCCUCCUCGCGUGCUCACAUGGGCAGAAUCAGGGCAUUAAAGGGACAUCAGACAAUGGGCUGCCCAAGAAGGGAAAUAUUUCUGAGCAAACAAGUCAGGUACCAUUUAUACCAAGUCAGCAACAUCCAAAUGUGAAUCAGACCACUGCAGUACAGCUCAAUCAGGAGCACCAAAGCAACGGACAUCCAAACCAAAACCAGUCAAGUGAGAGUAAAACCAACAGAGUGGUAACGGAGCACAGCAAUACGACGCAGGAGCCACCAACUCAGGACCAACCGAAUCAAGGACGUCAAAAUCAGGGGCAGCAAAAUCAGGUGCAGCAAAAUCAGGGGCAGCAAACCCAGGGACAGCAAAAUCAUGGGCAGCAAAAUCAGGGGCAGCAAAAUCAGGGGCAGCAAUCCCAGGGGCAGCAAAAUCAGGGGCAGCAAAAUCAGGGGCAGCAAAAUCAGGGGCAGCAAAAUCAGGGGCAGCAAAAUCAGGGGCAGCAAACCCAGGGGCAGCAAAAUCAGGGGCAGCAAAAUCAGGGGCAGCAAACCCAAGCAGGGAAAAAUCCAGGGCAGCAGGGUCAGUCUUCACAGGGCGGCAAUCCCAAUGCGGGGAGGCCACAAGCAGCAAUGCAGGAUAUGCCUUUGACUCCGGGAAAACCUCUGAGCAAGAGAGAUGAUGACAACAUCCUCGCGCGAGCUCUACGCGCGCCCAACCCGCAGGAGGCCGGUCGCAUCCUCGCCGACGGCGCCGCGACGUUGAAGGACAUCUUGCCGUCAUCGCUGCGCAAAUUGCCCGCCCCCGCUGACAACGCCACGGUGCUGGAUACCAUAAUGGCAUUCCUGAGCCACCACUACGCUGACCUGAAGCCGGAGAUGCGAGAAGCGAUCUUCUCGUGGUUUCGGACAGCAACUCGGGGCGGAAGCCAAGGAAGUGGACCGCGGGACAAGUCAGCUCAGCCCGAGCCAUGGCUCAACACCACGAUUCUCCUGUGCAUGAGACGCUUCAUGGCGCAGGUGACGUCCUCCGAUCUCAGGGAGAUCGUUCCAGAGCAGAUCUGCGAAUUCCUUGAAAACAAUUUGGGUGUGGAGAUUCUCGGCAACUUGACGGACCUACAACCGUUGCUGGCCAGGAUCUUGCUGGACAAACUUGACAGCUGCAGGGACAGAUGGGUGCCGAGAGCCUUUCUACAGAGGCUGGGCCAGCUGACGUGCUUCUUCGGCGGCGCCAAUAUCACGUGGGCUAAGAACAACAAUGUGACCGACCAGCUGCUGGCGAAUCUGCAGCAGUGCGCGACCCAACGAGACAAGUUGUACCAGAUGGUCGCCAGGACGUACGGCACGGGCGCGAGGCUGGACGCCGUCGCCAUCACCAAGCUGGGCAAGGCCAUGCAGUUGGUGUCGGUGACUCGCCUCCUGGACAUGGGCAGCACCGUCGUGCGAGAUGCGAUCGGCGAGCUGGGAAGCAUGGACGCGUGGCCCAGGGGGAAGGCCAAGCUGCUGGUGACCAAGUACCUCGCCUCUGGCAAAAACAUCUCGUCGGCCGCUGAUCUGCGGCAGUUGGGCUCCCUGGUGGCAGGAAUCGACGCAAACACUCUGAGGCAGAUACCCACUAAGGAGCUCCUCAACGUGACGGAGGAGUUAUCCCUGCAGGCAGAGCACAUGAGGCCUUCCCAACAGAAGGCCAUCGUCAGCAAGAUCAUUGAAGAAGUCAAUAUCUCUAGGGCCUUGGAUUACCUGAAGGGGUCCCUUGUGAGUGCAAUCUCUCUCGUCAGGCUGAGAAACAUUGCCAACAUCACCAAUAAAACGUUCGAAAACAAGUUGUGGAACAAGGGCCAGGCUCUUUUCCUCUUGAAGAAACUCCUAAAGGAUGGACAGUCCAUUUCCUCCGCAGACAUCAAGACCAUGGCAUCGGCAUCCUCUGGGCUCACGUGCGGCAUGCUGAACCAGCUGGAUAACAGCACGCUGCUGCACUGCUCCGGGAGCCUGGCCAGCAGGCGAGACUUGAUGUCCAGGGCGCAGCUCAAAUGCCUGGCACAGAGAGUUUUCUCGUGGUUGAACACAACAAGGAGCAACUACUUUUCCAACAUCUCGUCCGAGGAGCUGAGCCAAGUUGCUCCCAACCUCCUCAUACAGCUACCAUUUGGAGAACUGAAGAAAAUUCCGAUGGCCUUGUGCGGGAACCUGACGCAGCAGCUGGGCAGGGCUGACGUCCACAUCCUGGCGAAGAGAACCCCGCUCAGAGAAGACAUCAUCUCCGUCGCCAAAACCUGCUGGAACUCGAGCCUGGCGCCCACCGUGGAGGAGGUGGAGUUGAUGGGCCAGCUGGUGUGUAUGUUGCCCGCCAGCUACAUCCUGGCCAUGCCCGACGAGGCAUUCGCCUUGGCAGUCGAGCAGUUCAAGCUCUGCCUGCAGCUCAACGGCACCCAGAAGGACGCCGUGGCCGUCAAGAUGCGGCAGGCCUUCGGGGCUCCAUCGAACUGGUCCGAGGAUACUAUUAUCAAGCUCGGAGUUCUGCUGGCCACACUGAGCGCGGAAAAUAUCGCCUCCAUCAACAGCACGGCGGCGGUAGCAGAGGCCCUGCAGAGCAUCCUGGCGAAUCCGCCGACCAUCAACGACACGCAGCCCGACUUCAACUCGACGCUGGACCUCACGGCGCUCGCCAGGAAAUACUACGACUCCACGACCACAAGCCUCGCCUCGCGCAGCCGCAGGAGCAUAGUGUGCCCGAGCUCGGAGACGAUCGCGAAUCUCCAGGAGGCCAACUCCCAGUGGCAAUCGGAGAUUCUGGCCUGCAUCACCAACCAGACCUUCAUCGAGUCAGUGGAGGUGUUGGGCUCCGUGAAGGGGUUCAAAAGCGAUCAGCUGGAAGCGCUCAAGAAGAAGUCGUUCACGGCAUGGGGGGUCCUGUCGAACUGGACGGCGGAGCAGUUCUCCUCGCUCGGAUACAUCGCGCUGAACUUCACGCCGACGGAGCUCUCGGCGCUGAGCAUCGGCAUCGCCGAGACCGUGACGGCUUUCGCGAGCUUCCCCGAGUGGAGACCGAGCAAGGCAUUGGUCGAAGAGUUCCUGAAGCAGUACCCUCCUGCGAACUUGAAGGAGGAUGAGCUCGCUGGCAAAGGCAACCUCAUCUGUGGCUUCUCAGAGGCACAAAUCCAGGAGAUUCCUAAAGCGGUCUUCAGCACGGUGGUGGCGUCUCUUGGAGGAGCCUUUUGCUCCGACAGGAUCGUGCUCAGAGCGCUCAAGGAGAAAGCGGUCGAGGCGCUGGGCUUUGUGAGCACGUGGACCGAGUCCACCCUGCACGAGGUUGGAAACAUAGCAGGGGGCUUGACACCCGCUGAGCUGUCCAACUUAAACAGCAGCCUCCUGUCCUACAUCAAGCCCUCGGCCGUGCCCCUUCUCUCUCUUGAUGCCUUCAAGGCGCUGUCCCCGCAGCAGCUGUUCGCUUUCGGAGCCGACAACUCCGCAUCGUCCACCGAGGAGCAGCGUGGCGCCUUGAGCCCCGAGCAGAGGAGCGUGCUCCUGCGGGUCAUCAACAACAUCGAGCCCAAGUCGCUCCCCAGCGGCGUCAACUCGGCGGGUGCGUCGGGCGUGGAUGCUCGCGUGGCUGUGGCCAGCCUGAUCGUUCUGAAGAUCGUUCUACUCGCGGCGGUGGCCUGAGGACUCCUCGCCUGUGCGGUCACCGCGGAGAGGGAAAAGUUCACGAGAUGCGCGGCCUCUCUCCGCGAUGCCUUCGCUCGCCGCGCUUAGCCUAACUUUGAUCGGCUCAGCGUUUGUAAAUCACGUGCGACGGCAUGCAGGGCACGCGUUUUCUGCGCUGAGCCAUUUCCGUGCGAUUGAUUUAAAUCACGCGUAGCUUUUAGGUGAAAUGAUCUUGCUCUCGAAUUUAUAUUUUUACCCAAAGUUGAUUCAACUGCGGGGGUUUGCGGGUGGCUCUGAAUUGUUUGAAGUGUCGCGACGUCACGCAUGCGGUCGGGCAACCGACCAUCCUGGAGAACAGAAUUGACCAAACUUUCUUGAUUCUUUCGUGGGAUUAACAUCGCGAUAAAAAAUAUAUAAACAACUACAAGGCUUAUAUUACGAUUUGCAUUUUAAUUUAAUAUUGGAUCAACCAUUAUAUCAUGUUCAUAAUAAUACAAAUAUACAUUAUAAUUGUAGUUACAGGAGGCAAGGAUUGGUUUGGAGCACUGUGACCCGAGUUCAGUCCCCAACCACGGCUAACAUCAGUCAUGAUUGAUAUCUAAACCGGUUUUGACCCACCACAGCCAACAACCUUCACUAGCCCACACUCACCAUCGUGGUGAAUUCUGCUUAAACAACCCCUAUAACCGACACCGUGUGAUAUUAGGCCUUCGUCCAGCAGUGGACUGACAAAGGAAGGUUUUGGCCCAUGACCAGUUCAGACAUCACUCGCUGCUGCUGUUGGCCGUGAAUCGAACUGAGCUUAGCAGCUUCAUAUCUCAGUGCCCUAACCACUGCACCACUACUCCAUCCCCUUAUUUUAAGUUAUAAUUAUGUUAUUUAUUUACCCAGGAAGGCCCGUUCGGACGGAUUCAGGGAGAGGGGGUAAUAAACGUGAAUUGAUCUGUCCCAAGCCCGGACAUAAUAGCGCCUUUGUAAGCGAACGUUAUUGCGUCAUCAUUUAUUCUGCCGCUUCGCCAGCUCCUCGGGCUCAUUAGCCCAAGCGCUCUUAGAGCGCCUGCUGCUUAUUCACUUUGCGCGGGGCUCGUGGUUUGGAAUCUCAAUGCAGCCCAGUAAACGGCGUGACCACUCGAACAAUUCACGCCAGCCGUUGCGCGAAGUGGAUGCUUUCUUCUCACGCGCGGUGGCAUACACACCACGCUGGAGCCUUUACCCCCACGCUACGUAUCCCCCCCCCCCCCCCCCCCCCCCGGAUAAGCACACAGCACUCGUCAUCAUCGGCCGUGAUUUAAUCCACUGCUGGAUGAAGAUCCCACCAAGCUGUCGUACCGCACGGUACCACGAUUUCACGAUCCGCACGCACACACACGACCAAAAGGCAUCGUGCCACCCUCGAAAUUACAGUAAACUAAUAACCUUCACUUGCAUGUACUUGCUCAGAUUUCACCUGUGUAGUUGAAGAUCUUCAUAAAAUAUGCACACUCAUUAUUGGUAGCCUGUCUUAAAGCUGCAUUCCACGGCCACCGACGUCCAGUGCACGAAUGAUGAAAUACAUUAUCUGAUAAUGUGUGUGAAUAUGAGAUAUUGUACAAAUUUGCAUUGUUUUGGGAGGAAGGUGUCAACAUUUUAAGCGACUUUUUUUUCCCCCUUGGAUUGCCGCCACCACCGAUGGCACAUUCUGGAGUUUGCGCGCAAGCGCAAGAGGUGUGAACCUGGGCCAGUCAGGCAAAGAUUAAGAGAGGGGGUGGGCGGGGGGGGGGGGUCAUCUCGUGCACGAGAUGAGCAACCGCAGGGCAAUGAGCUGACUAUUGGAGGCAGUACAGGAAAAAGUAGGUUUAUUUUUGACAUACCUGUGCGGAGCUUGCGUUAUCCCCUCACGUCUGUGGGUUUUCACUGGGAUUCAUGGUCUCCGUCCAAAAAGCAAUACAACUAAAAAUAUAUGUUUAUUUGGAUGGACGUCUCAACAAGCAGGGCCCAUGUGAAGGUCUCAGGGGUCAGUACGGGGUUCCCAAGGUCAAUGGCUGUUAUUGAUACCACAGUGCAACACGUGCCAGACUGACGUCAUCAAAGCUCAUAAAAUGUAUAGCUCUGGGAAGUCCACAUUCCCAUGGUAGGGGGCGGGGGGUAAUAAUAUCUCCCUGCAUAGUCGGACACAUUGACCCUGCUGGGCUGAGAGGCUGAGUCGAGUCCAGACAGGGAUUUUAAUGCACAGCACAGGACUGUACUCGCAACCUUCUUACUGUGAGUCAAACUGCCACGGCACCACUUGGCUCGGUUAACACUUUAUAUUGUACACGUAAUUGCCCUUUUUGUCAAGCCACUGCUGGAUUGAGGGUCGUGGGGGUUAUUUGACCGUGCUUCACUACGCAGGUCAGUGCGGGUUGGUGAAGGCGUGGAAUGUUGUAUGGUAGAAUAAUCGAUGUUGCUGCACCGGUCUCUGCUGACGUCGGCUAUGAAGCAGCCUAUAACACCUGUUUUUUUUUACGCACGGUGAUCACCCAUCCAAGCACUAGCCAGGCUCAAUCACGGCUUAGCUUCUGAUGUGUGACGGAAGCCGGGCGCAUUCCGCUUGAUUUGAUCGUAAAUUCUGUGCCUUAUAUAUUUCAUCGUGAUCUCAAUCUCCCAUCAAUGUAUGCCGCGACGUCCCGUAAAUCCGACCCACGGCGCGUCUGUCUAAUCCACAAUAAAUGUUAGAGAUCUGCAAACGUG